GCGCGCGCACGCCGCCCCACACGUGCUGAGCUUUUCACUUCAACUCUUGGUUCAGGAGUAUGGCUCUGGACUUUGCUGCUGGUUGUUUUGGAGGAGCUGCAGGUGUGCUGGUUGGACAUCCCUUUGAUACAGUGAAGGUGAGACUUCAAGUUCAAAAUGUGGAUAAACCUUUAUAUCGUGGAACAUAUCACUGUUUCCAGACCAUUGUUCGGCAAGAAUCGAUGUUUGGCCUCUAUAACGGUAUCGGCUCACCGAUGAUGGGCCUGGCGUUCAUCAAUGCCAUCGUGUUUGGCGUUCAUGGUAACAGCAUGCGGAUGCUGGGGACGGACACGCCGCUCAAUCACUUCCUGUCAGGCGCUGCCGCCGGCGCCAUUCAAUGCGUCAUCUGUUGCCCCAUGGAACUGGCAAAGACUCGCAUGCAAAUUCAGGGCACGGGCCAGAAGAACCAGAGCUCCAAGAAGCUGCACAGAAACUCUCUGGACUGCUUGAUGCACAUCUACAGGAGAGAGGGGAUUCGUGGGAUGAACAGAGGGAUGGUCACUACAAUCGUCCGUGAGACCCCGGGCUUUGGGAUUUAUUUCCUCACCUACGACACUCUCACACGAUCGCUGGGCUGUGAACCCGACGACAGCUACAUCAUCCCCAAGCUGCUCAUGGCCGGGGGUCUGUCUGGAAUCACGUCCUGGAUCUCCACCUAUCCAGUGGAUGUGAUUAAGUCCCGCCUCCAGGCAGAUGGCGCGGAAGGGACGAACAAAUACAGCGGGAUCCUGGACUGUGUCCGACAGAGCUGGAGGAGGGAAGGCUGGAGGUUUCUCACACGAGGCUUGACCUCCACUCUCUUAAGAGCUUUUCCCGUCAACGCCACCACAUUCGCAUCGGUAACGCUGUUUCUCAUGUACAUGCGUGAGAAUGACGGUGUGAAAGACUGCGACUCCACGCAACCAAACAUCAGCGGCCUGUGACUGAACACGAACAACUCUCACACCGGUGGUGAAUAUACCACAUGUACUGAUACAGCAUCACUGUGACCUUAUAACUUAAAACCAGACAGAUUUCACCCCCUUUGACUACAAUAUAGGCAAAAAUUACUUGUUUAACACAAAAAAUGACAUUUUGAAGAAUGUAGGACAGCAAACUGUUCUGGGGCACUUUUGACUACCAUUGUUUUUUGUCAAUGGGGGCAAAAUCUGUCUGGUUAUGGGCAUUCUUCCAAAUAAUCCCUCUUUGUUCAUCAGAACAAAUAAAUGUAUACACAUUUCGACCAACUCGAAGGUGAAUAUAAUAGAAAGUAAUUAGUAAUAUGUAGUUAAAUGCUUUUUGGAGCAGUUAUUUGUACAGAAAUGACACUAUUGAAUAUGUAAUUAGUAACUUGUAAUAAUUUAUUUUUAUAAGUAACUUACCCAACUCUUCACAUGACACAUGACCCGUCUAUGCUCUGUAAGAUGUUUAUGUCAUUUAUUGUAGUUGUACAGUGUUUGUUUUAUUAAUGUCAAUGCUUUUGAUAGAUUAUUGAUGACUAAUCUACAAAAAGACCUUUCACUGCUUUUGCAAAAGUUCAGCCGACUUUCAACAUUAAAUAAAGA